GUGAUUGUCAUUGCAAUGAGUAAUAAAUAUCUAUCAGCAGUAUUUUUACUUCUGUUUUGAAAUCAAUAACAUCUCUACCCUGUACAAGUCAACAACGAAGAGAAACACUGAAGUGAUAUCAAUCCGGAGGCUUCCUUUGUCUUGACAGUGGAACAAGAACAAAGCUUCCAGUCAAAGAUGAUAAGAAACCAGGUGGAACAUGUGGUUUCGAAGGUUAAGGACUGUCAAAGUGGAAUCUCUUUGGAGCUCUUCCUUCAUUUUUCACUCGUACCAGCAUUGUUGAUUGUGGGGGUGCUCUCGUUCCUCCAGAAGAGAGACCAGAGACUGGCUAUCGACCACAGAUUGCCCUUCCUGGGGGGACGGUUCGGUAUUGUGGUGCCUUUGGAUAGCAUUGGCAGCCUCAGUAAUCGUUGGUCCUACGGGUUUGCAUUUGGUGCCGUGUCCUCCAGCGUCCUGCUGCUCUUCUCCGAGCGCUACAUCCCCUUCAUCGUGCUGCCCUGGGCCAGAGCUAUAGUGUAUCUGGUUGGAGCGCUAGAGGUGGGUCUGGUCUAUUUCCCUUUCUUUGCCUGUCUGUCCACACCGUUCAGAGCAGCCGGGGCUGUGAUGGGAAUAUUCUACUCUCUGUCCUGGAUCAUCGUUACAGUCUGGGAUACGUUCACCUGUCCUCAUGGUAAGAUUCUAGGUAAAUACCAGAAGUUGAUUGUCCAGUGGCCCUGCAUCCUCUCCCUCAUCUUCCUCUUGGGACGAUUUGUCUAUAUGCUGGUGAAAGCUGCUCGGAUACAUCUGCAAGUGGAACAGGAGUAUCAUGAAGAGCUGAUGGCGCAACAUCAGGUGCAGCACGUUAAGAGACUGCUGAGGAAAACGCCUGCACACAGUGAACCCCACAGCUGGCUCCAGAGCAAAGUGUAUGAGUGGGAUCCUUACUUCAAGUUCCCCAACAGGAUCAUCGGCACCGUCAUUAUCUCGCUAAUCGGCCUAUACACGAUAACCCUGGUAGACUACAGUCUCAGUAAUGUGGCUUUUGACCAAGGAGAGAGGUGGAAGAAUACACUGAUAGAGCUGUUUAGGUCCUGUAACCAGACUGAAGGUCUGGAGGCCAUGAUACCACAGCUGGAAGAAUUCAUCUAUGUGGCUAGAAAGUCCUGGCUAGCUACCACCAUCUUUGCUAGUCUCAACUCCGUAGCCUACUGCUUCCAUGUCUUGGCAUGUUACAGAAAACACUUGAAGAGGCUGUGGAAAGGGCAGAAGGGUUUCCUUCCUGAGAAGUUUCACAACCCUCGCUCCGCUGUCAGCGUAGCUUCCAUUGCAAGAUACUCUGGUUGGCAAAUAGCGUUUACAUUGUGGGGCUACCUGAUUGUCCACUUUGUCCACUUCCUGUUUGCUCUGUUGCUGGUCUAUGUGCUGGUUCUGCCGAUACAGCAUGGAACAGCGCUGAGCAUGCUCAGCAACCUGGGGAUUAUAGUUCUGACCAUUAGUCUGGUCAUCGGCCUGGUGAUUCUCCAGAUCGCUCUGGUUCAGAUCUUUUUCCUUCAGGACAAAAUGUCCCCUACUGAUAAACACAAACCUCUGGCUCUCAACAACAGGAAGGCGUUCCACUGCUUCAACUACUUCUUCUUUUUCUACAACGUGGUGAUGGGGUUCAGUAACUGCAUAUUGAGGUUGCUGUGCAGCAUUGUGGUGGGAACGUGGCUGGUGUCCCGCAUAGACCGGAGCAUUAUGCAGAGAGGAUAUGAAACCAUGGAUGCCGGCUACAGUACUUGGAUUGGGAUGAUCUUUGCUGACCACUAUCAUAGCAAUCCGGUCAUGGUGUGUUUCUGCCAGCUGCUGGUCUCCAACUCGCUGGAGGAACGCACUGUGUCUGCAUACUCCUCAUUCAGCAACGUGGCCUCUGAAUCCCCUGUGAACAGCCGGGCUACGAGGCGGUGGAUGUUGUUUUAUACCUUACUGAGGAACCCUCACCUGAUCCUGCUCAGGAAGCACCACCUCUCCACCUCACCAUCUUCAUCAUUACAUACAUCAUCAUCUGCCAUGCCAGACACAGUGGUGCAAGCUCGAAUCAUGGCAUUCAAAACACAGGGCCGCCGAGCAGAGUCACAGUCACCACCAGAGAUCAUAGUCACACCACCACAAGACUGUUAAAGAAACAUUUCAAUGGAUUGUAAUCAUAUUAAGUUAAAAUAUAUAUAUAUAUAUAUAUUGGUGGUGAAUGCAAAAUUGUUUCUGUGUGUUCUUGUUCCUUUAGUGGUCCUCCGUGUUAAAGAGUACUGUGGCGUAACUUUGAGAAACAUUGACCUUUCAACUUAACCUCUGUGGCAUCUAUUCUACAAGUGGAUGUGAUCCACUAAAGCUGGGCACUUUUCUAUCUAAUAAUGGUGAUUUCAUUAAACGCAUGUGAGCUGCACCUCAUUCUAGGUUUGUGUUGUAAAAUGUAACUGGAUUCCAAUGGCUGCUAUGUAAAUUGUCAUUGGGGAUUCAGUGGGACUUCGUGGUGGUCGUGCAACUUGGAGAGCUCUUCUGAAAACAAGCUUGUGUAAACUUCUGCUUUGUGUUUGUGACUUUUAAAUAUGUUAUUGCUGCACAAACAAAUGCUUUCAGUUGGGGAAAAAAAAAUUAAAAGCUGCAUUUCCGGACUCGACUCAAAAAAUAGAUGUGAUUUCCAUUCGUUGUUUUUAUUAUUAGCGAGCUCACCAUGCUGCGCUUAACUUCAAAUAAAAAAAUUUCUUAAAAGCA